CGUGGGUAAAAAGGUAAAAAGGCUCAUGUUAAAUAAAUUAAUUUCCUUUUUUAACCCGUAUAUAUAUAUGCACAUGUCAUAAUUUGAAAAUGAAUUCAAAGCGCGCGUAUAUUUGCCAUUUCGCUCGAAGCAAGGUUCACAUCGAUGUCGUCCUCAGAGCUAAUAACUACAGAAGUAGAAUCCGAAAAUCACCUUUCUUCUCUCAUCUACGAGAUAUCAAAUGAAGUCCAAGAGAUCAUGGAGAACAUGCUUAAGACGAUCACUGAAAUCAAUCAUAAUUCUGCAGUUAUAGAGGAGGAGAUAGAGAAGUGCAAAGGUUCUGCUCUUGAGAGGAAAAGAGCCUUAAACGAAGAUAGAGAUAACUUUCAAAAAGCUGCUUAUGCUGUUCUUGACAUCCUCAACAGAGAGUAAAGCGCUCUAGGUAUCGUUCUACAUUUUUCAGUUUUAUACAUUGUAUUCCCAUAUAUCUUGUUUGAUUAAGUAGAUUGCCGCCUGAAACGGAUACGU